AUAGAGCAACAUAAACCAGACAUUGUUCUAUUGUCAGAAACAAAAUUAACAAACAAACAUUAUAUCUUCUCGCAGACACAUAAAAUUAUCCGCUCAGACCGACCAAAUUCCAAGCAAGGAGGAGGAACGGCAAUCAUGGUUAAAAACAACAUCAGCCAUCAAAUCAUUAGGUACCCAGCGUCUUCCAAAAAUGAACUUCUUGAAUACACUAUAAUACAACUCUUUCCAGAAACUCAGUCUAACUACAAAAUAUUCAUUAUCAGUGUAUACGCAACUAACUCCAACAAGAAAGUCUUCAUUAACGAACUGAACGACCUUCUACAACGCCUUAAAUUAGACAAUCCGGAACAUUUCUUUGUUUUAGGUGGAGAUCUUAAUGCACGAAGGACUGAAUGGGGUGAUUAUCAUGACAACCAAAGAGGAAAAUACCUCCGCAAAUGGGAAGCAGAAACACUACUGGGAUACAAUGCCAAAAUAUACAGUAAAUCAAUCAAACUCCUCCACGCAGCACAAAACUCAGACAUUCCAAACAAAAAAGAAACAAUCACCCGCCUCAAAUCAACGAUUAACUUAGUCAAGACUGAGCUCAGGAAAGAAUUCAACAAGUCAUCAGAAAGAUAUUGGACUGGUCAACUGAAACAGAUUAAUCAUAGGGACCCAACUGCUUUCUUCCCAAAGAUAAACAGGCUACUCAGAAAAAAAAGGCUCAUAGCAAUUGAGGAUCAACUCAUCAAAGCUGCAGAUCUAGCCAGCCUAUCCGGAGCCAUUGACGUCAACAAAGCGAUCCGUAUUGAUGAGGAAUACCUGAUCAACGAUCCCAUUGACAAACUCAAUGUCAUUGGGGAGUUUUAUCAAACUAUCAAUGCACCACGUUACCUUAACACCAAUACUAGACUAAAAGAAAUAGUAGACGAGAAAGCAGAAAAAGCAAAGGAAACACUUACAUCUAGAAGGACGGAGAGUUCCACGUUCGUAGCCUUCUCUGAUAGUCCAGUCGGCCUGGAAAUAAAAAGGGCGUCGAGCUUUAAAUUAAAAUAUCUCGGAAACUACGCAAAAGUAGUCGAGACAUGCUGCGUA